AACCUUUGGACCUGUCACUUUUUGUUAUCUUGUUUUUGUAGACUAGAUCGUGAAAAGUUUAUUGAAUAAAUUAAUUCUCUCAAGUGCCUAUUUUGAGUUUUAUAAUCAACGAUUAAAAUAUGGCUCGAGUCCUGGUUGGUGUUAAGCGUGUUAUCGACUAUGCCGUGAAGGUUCGUGUAAAGCCCGACAAGUCUGGUGUGGUCACCGAGGGAGUUAAACAUUCAAUGAAUCCUUUCGACGAAAUCGCCGUAGAAGAGGCUAUCAAAAUGAAGGAAAAGAAAAUCGCCACUGAAGUCAUAGCAGUUUCAGUGGGACCUACACAAUCUCAGGAAGUAAUACGUACAGCCUUGGCAAUGGGUGCCGAUCGUGGCGUGCAUGUUGAAGUGUCGGGCAAAGAUUACGACUUAUUGCAACCAAUUCACGUCUCCAAAAUUCUAGCGAAAUUAGCCUUAGAUGAAAAAGCCGAUUUGGUAAUCUUAGGCAAGCAAGCCAUCGACGAUGAUAGCAAUCAGACAGCGCAAAUGACCGCCGCCAUCUUAGAUUGGCCGCAAGGAACAUUUUGUAAUAAAGUCGAAAAAAGUGAUGCUGGAUUGACUAUCACGCGGGAAAUCGACGGUGGUCUAGAGACAAUAAAGACUAAGGUGCCAGCAGUGCUGAGCGCUGAUUUGCGCUUGAAUACACCACGUUACGCCACGUUGCCAAAUAUCAUGAAAGCAAAGAAAAAGCCAUUGAAGAAAACUACACCCAAAGACUUGGGAAUCGAUACAACACCACGCAUCGAAAUCGUCUCCGUUGAGGAACCACCUGUACGCCAGGCAGGCGCUGUGGUGCCUGAUGUAGAUGCGCUUGUCGGCAAGUUGAAGGAAGGCGGUCACGUCUAAACACGAAUUAAAUUAAUCCAAUGAAAGUCAAAAAGUGCAUUUACAAAAGAUAUUCUGAAUUUUUUUAACCAAACUUUAUUUUUUAUUCCUAAAAUUUAUGGAAAAUUAAAAAACAAAAAACGUCCAAACCUCUAA